AAACAGAACAAUAUUAUUUUUAAAAGCCAAUAACAACAACAAAGCAUGGAAAUUCCCGAUAGAUCUAGAUCUAAUCACACCUCAUUUAUAAAUGAACGGAUAUUUUCCUUUCGGGGGUGGCAAAGUAGGCCUUCAAAACCCCAUUACGUGACUCGUCUUCUGAACGCCAUUGUCUUCAACAGUUUAGACACUGUAGAUUCUAGAUCUACAAUCCACACAUUCCCCAAAACAAAAACAGUACUUCGUUUAAAGACCUUUUCAAGUUCGGAGGCCGUAAAACUUUUACCAAACUGAAUUGAAUCGGAUUCAGGGUGUAAAUCUUCCAUUUAUGAGCUUCAACGAUCUGCAGAGCGACUUGAUCAUGCAUCUCUUCAUUCACUUACUGUUGAUGGACUUUCUGCAUCAGGGCAAGACUGAGAGUCUGGAAUGCCCGGACUUGCCAAACCCUGCUCAAGGCAAGUACGUGUGUGACAAGUCCGGAAGUACGUGCAGGCUGGUAUGUCACAAGGGCUUCGUCCUGCCGCUCAGCUCUAACAGAGAGCAGGAGCUUCUGCCCAUGGACCUGCGAGCUCAGUACUCGUGUGAGUGGACAGCAGGCGCUCCGAUAUGGGAACCGCAGAAUUUCUUUGAUUGUGUAGAGGAGGUAGAUCCGGUGUCCUUCACCUUCCUCAUCCCCCUGACCAUGACCCCAUCCCCGGGUUGCAGUCCGCACCGCAAGGAGACAGUGGCGCCGUUCGUUAAGAUGAUGACGAAACAAGUGCUGGGCAGCAACACCGCCCUUAUGUGCGAGAGAGACCUGAAAGUGACUUGCUUCUGGAACGUUUCCGCCGCUUGCGUAAAGCACAAAUGGAAGGUGGAUGCCGUCCUGCGGAUUCCCUUUUCGCGGGCUCGCCUGGAGAACUACCGCCAGUAUCUGGACCUGGUCAACACAUGGAUUUACUUGGAUGCUGAUGGCGCCUUCCGACUUCACCGACAAAGGGGGAGGACUAUCGUGUCGACGAUUUCUGCGUAUUUGGAUUGUCCACCCGCGACUCGCCUGGAUAAGGACUUCAUCUGCCACGGGUGCUCCAAAGGUUUCUACCUGGACGGUGGCCGUGGAGAGUGCAGACCAUGCCCACCCAGCACGUACCAGGACCAGAGCCUACAGGACAGGUGUAAGCCUUGCCCCGACGCCAAACUCAGCCAGGAGAAGGCACUCAGAGAACUUAUCGGCUGCUUUCACUCCGACCAGUCAAAGUGACCCAUGAACCAAGCGGACAGAGCCCUGAGGCGUACGAGACGUACUUGUUCAAGGUUUCUGAUGACGAUGUGACGCUGGGAGUAGACGAAACCUUUGAAGACCGGAUAAAGCCAGUGGGCUCGGAGAACAAGGACAGUCGUGCUGAGGCAGAGCAGGACCAACGUGAGGACUGACUUGUCCUGGAAUUCGUAACUUUCUCCUUUGUACAGAACACUGGAAGAUACAACAAACCAACAUAAUUACAAACAGAAACCUAUUGGACAUAUCAAUGAUGCUAUUCACCAUGUCCAUGUGACUGGUUUCUUGAAAAGUUUCCAUACGCCAAAAAAGCCCCCUCCUGGUUUAAAUAAUGACAGAAGACCAAAAAAAUAACCCAUAGUGCUUUUAUAGCGCACGCUGGCUCUUGAUUUUUAUCUUUCUUUUUUUUUUUUUGUGGACCCGCAUUUAAACCUCAGAAAUGGUUACAGAACAGGAAUAAAAACAUAGUUGUGCCAGUGCAGUAUUUGAACACCUCAUCAGUCUGCACAAGGAAGGCCCUCUGUGAGACGGACCUGAAAUAGUCCUGAAAAAUUUAAAGAUUGUAAAUCCUCUUCACCUCAACCAUGAUCUUGUACGACACAGCAUGGCCACUUAUGCAUACAUUGAGUGAUCAGCUUGGGCGGCACUGACCUCAACAGCUACGGAAAGUCCCGAGUGAAGAAGCAAUUUG